AUGUCACCCUUUGAGUGUCAGUUUUGCUACCAACCGCCUUUGUUCCCUGAACAGGAGGUGGAUGCUGGGGUCCCAUCUGCCCAGCAGUUUGUGCAGCGGUGUCGGCGUACGUGGGGUAGAGCUAGACGUGCCUUGCUGAAAGCCUCCCGACAGUACCAGCAGCAGUCCAAUCGCCGUCAGAGGUUGGUCACCUUCCGACCUGGCCAGAGGGUCUGGCUUUCAGCUCGGGAUCUUCCUCUGAGGGUGGAGAACCGGAAGCUGGUGCUGCGGUUCGUUGGUCCCUUCAAGGUGCUCUGCCGGGUCAACCCCGUGGCCUAUACUCUACAGCUGCCCCGUUCCAUGAGGGUCUACCCGACCUUCCAUGUCUCCCGUCUCUGCCCAGUGGUCACUUCACCGCUGUCUCCUGUUCCUCGGCCACUGCCUCCUCCUCCUCGGUUCAUCGAUGGCCGGGCCACGUACAUGGUCAACCGGCUCCUGGAUUCCCACCGUGUUCGUGGGUCUCUUCAGUAUCUGGUGGACUGGGAGGGGUAUGGGCCGGAGGAGCGCUCCUGGGUGCCAUCGAGAGACAUACUUGACUGCUCCUUGUUUGCAAGUUUCCAAGCCCUCACUGAACUCGUCCAUAAAAGUACAUCCUAUGACAGCCAAGCGGCUGGCAUUCACUUCCUGUGUGGGGGAAUGGCUGCGUGUUCUGCUAUUGUGGCCUGCCAACCACUCGACACACUCCAUACACUCUUUGCUGCUCAGGGAGAACCCAAGGUUUACAGGACUCUCCGUCAUGCUGUGAGCACCAUGUACAUCCAAAAGGGGGCGCUCACCUUCUACAGAGGCCUUACCCCCACACUGGUGGCUGUGUUCCCCUACGCCAGCCUCCAGUUCUUCAGCUACAAUAUCUUCAAGAAGAUGCUGGAACACGAUGGCAGGACAUCUAAAGGUCACUUGGCGUCCUUGAGUGGCAGCAUAGCCGGAGUCAUCAGUAAAACCCUCACCUACCCCUUUGACCUGUUCAAAAAGAGACUGCAGGUCGGUGGGUUCGAGAAGGCCAGAGUGCACUUUGGACAGGUCUGGACCUACCGUGGAUUCAUGGACUGCAUAGUGUGCAUCGCUCGAGAAGGACUAGCUGCCUUCUUUCAGGGUCUUUCUCCCAGCCUGAUAAAGGCGGCUAUGUCUACUGGCCUCACCUUCUGGUACGAGUUCUUCACCAGCACCAUCUCCAACCUGAGGAGGAAGUGCUGA